CACGCCAUAUUUGGACAGAACUUCCCGUGACAGCUCAGCACCAACAAUGGGUUGCAUGUCGCGCGCGUGGAAGCCGUUUGUGUUAGCGGUGAGGCUCAGAAGGCGAGUCUGGCCGUGUAGUUUGGCGGGCUCUCCAGUCCUACGCUACAGCACGAAGACAGCCCCCCAUAUUCCGGGAAUGGAGUACCAGGAUGCCAUUUGUACUCUUAACACACUACAGACAAAUGCCAAUGCUCUGGAGCAAGUACGGCGAGAGCGGAGCAACCCUGAGCUGCAGCUUCAGGCUAUGAGAGGCUUUCUGGAACGGGCCGGCGUCACAGUAAAGGAACUGGACCAUCUAAACAUUAUUCAUGUGACAGGAACAAAGGGCAAGGGGUCAACAUGUGCAUUUACUGAGCAGAUUUUAAGAGGUUAUGGCUUUCGUACCGGAUUUUACAGUUCGCCACAUUUGGUCCAAGUAAGGGAGAGGAUUCGAAUCAACGGACAGCCAAUUGGAAAAGACCUCUUUACUAAAUACUUCUGGCAGAUUUAUGGACGUUUGGAUGAAACAAAGGAAGCCCAUGAUGGGACAAUGCCUGCAUACUUCCGCUUUCUCACCAUAUUGGCCUUCCACGUCUUCCUUCAGGAAAAGGUUGAUCUGGCUGUGAUUGAAGUUGGAAUAGGCGGAGCCUAUGACUGCACCAACAUUAUAAGAAGACCGUGGGUAUGUGGGAUCUCCUCUCUAGGAAUAGAUCACACACAGAUUCUUGGAGAUACCAUAGAGAAGAUUGCCUGGCAAAAGGGUGGAAUCUUUAAGCCAGGAGUCCCUGCUUUCACAGUCAAACAGCCAGAAGAAGCAAUGGACGUGCUGAGGGAUAGGGCCAAAGAGAUCAAUUGUCCUCUGAGAGUGUGUCCAGAUUUUGAGGACUACCAAGCAAGCUGCGGACCUAUAAAUCUCGGCUUGGCGGGGCAGCAUCAGCGAUCCAAUGCCUCACUGGCUCUGCAGCUGAGUCAUACUUGGUUACAAAGGAGAUGUUUACCAGAUGAAAAGUGUUUGGCUACCAAUGUUGAGACCUCAAGUAUACCUGAGGCAACUCCCUUUACGCCCUCCCCCGUCAUGAAAAAAGGACUGGCGGACACAGAAUGGCCCGGAAGAACUCAAAUGAUUAAACACGGAGCAGUUACAUACUUCUUGGAUGGUGCGCAUACCGUGCGAAGUAUGCAGGCCUGUGUAAAUUGGUUCCAAGAGGUUGCAGAACAGCAUGAAAGAAACGCAAGUGGACCUGUUGCAAGAAUCUUACUGUUUAACGCUACAGGAGAGAGAGACUGCGCAGCCAUGCUUAAACUUCUAGUGCCAUGCCAUUUUGAUUUUGCAGUGUUUUGUCCUAACAUUACUGAGACUGUCACUUCCUGUAAUGCAGAUCAACAGAACUUCAAUGUGUCAGUGGAGCACAUGCUGACUCGUUGCUUGGAUAACGAGAGAAGCUGGCGUCUGCACAACAGCAACGGGAACACUAAUAGCACCCCAUUACUGAUUGACAACUUGUCUUUGGUCCCUGAGGAGAAAGCGGACUCACUGGUGUUUCCUUGCAUCCUCAGCGCCCUCCAUUGGAUCACCCAGGGUAGGGAUCCGGUGUUGGCGGACCCUUCCAAAAAAGUGAUGGCAUUGAAACCCAGCGUCAUUGCUAAAGCUGCUCUGCUGUGCAACGCGGCCCAAAUCCACGUUCUGAUCACUGGCAGCCUGCACUUGGUCGGAGGGGCGCUGAAGCAUCUUGCCCCUGAGUCCUCAAAGUAAAUGCGCCUUACAGUUAAAAAUGUUUAGAGUUGAAUUCCGGCACAGGAAUAUGAAAUGUCAAUGUAGGGAGGUAACGCAAUAGUGAGAGUAAAACUAACAAGUCGCGGUGAGCAAAGAAGUUUCUGCAACAGUGCCAAAACCAAUGUCUUAAAUUCCACUUGAAGUCGAGUGUUUACACAUUCAUUAAAAUAAAAUAGUAUGACAUUGUUGCCAGUGCGCAGAUUCCAAAUGUUAUAUAUUUUUUGUUAAACAAUAGACAUGUCCAUAUUGGAAGAAAACAUCGAUUGGGAAUACUUGACCCUAUUUUUAUUUAAACGAACAAGAAAAAAAAAAGCUGCUGUUAUGUGUCCGAAGCUGUUUCAUUCAUGUAAAUAAAAGUUAAAAAUAUGACACUACAA